UCUCUAAUUUAUCUUUCCUAUUAGACUCCUUGAAUACUUUUAUGUAUUUAUAAUAUUUUUUUUAUUUACUCUAAUAUAUUUUUUCUUCAUUUUAAAAAAUUUUAUUGUCUUAUAAUAUUUCUUCCGAGCGCGCAUAACAAUGAUGCUAGUCACGAUAAGACGUGGUGUAAUCUCCGCCAUGCACGUUGAAAAUGCACGUUCCGAAAACAUUCUCGAGCUCGAAACGUUUAAACUGUCCUGCAUAGAAUAAUUUAGUGUGCUGCGGAAAUAGAAUCGUAUUCAACGUAGACGCUAAUCUAUUACGAUUAAUAUAUAUUUAAGGAUUCUUUAGGAAUGCAGAAAUUCAUUAGAGAAAAAAAUAUCAUCUUUAGCACACACUAAUCUCAUUUAAUCUAAUCAUUCUAAUCUCAGGAAAACGGCAAGGUGAUGUUUAGACCAUAAAAUUUUCAAUGUGUAGAAUUUUCCGAUGAUUCAUGUUUUUAUCGCCGAAGCAAUUCUAUGGGUUUCUUUUUGCCACGUUUUCUUUUAGUCUCAGAUGACUAAUCUUGCCUGCAUUUUGUGAUAAGGGAAAGCAAAAGGAAGGAAGGUACAGCUAAAUUCGACUACUGUCAGUCAUCAUUCAACCAACGUGCGUGUCGGUCGUGCUCAUCGAGUUAUAACAUCCGUCGCGAACGUCGAUAGAUCAGUCAACUGUUGUUCUGUUAAAUUAAUAUCUGCUGAUACUAUUAAAUUAAUAUCGGGUUAAAAGAAGAAAGAGAUAUAGAGAGGAGAACGGGAAGCAAAAUUAAGAACGUCCAAUAAAACGUAGACUUUAAUCUUCUGCCGCGUCGCACAUCAUGGCAGUCUCUCAACACUUUUGCCUCCGCUGGAACAACCAUCGCGCGAACUUGCUCAAUGUGUUCGACGAACUGCUGCACAAUGAGGCGUUCACGGAUGUUACCAUCGCCGUGGACGGUGGCACCAUCAAGUGCCACAAGGUGGUUUUGGUCGCGUGCUCGCUUUACUUCCAAAGCCUGUUCUCCGACCUUCAAUGCGGCCAUCCGAUCGUCGUGCUCAAAGACGUGAAGCUCUCUGAAAUCAAAGCGAUCUUGGAGUACAUGUAUCGCGGCGAAGUAAACGUGGCGCAGGAGCAUUUGGGAAGUCUUCUGAAGAUCGCGGAAGUACUGAAGGUAAAAGGUCUGAUGGGCGAGAACGUCGGCGGUUCGCAAAGCGACGAUCAGCGCGAGGAAGCAGUGACGUCGAUGUCGCCGCCGCCCGCGAUCAGCACGAGCACCGGUGGCGCAUCGCACAACACCCACGGCUCGCCGCCGCACUCCACCGGUUCCUACGGUAGUUUCUACGGCGGUAAGUCGUCGUCGAUCGAUCGGAGUCGGCUCAACGCGAUGUCGUGGCCCGGGAUGCCGAUUUAUGCCGCGACCAGCGCGGCCAGCGCGUAUCCGUUACAUCUCGCUGGUCACGAGAGCAAUGCUAGCGAUAUCGGCUUCAAAUCCUUGCCGCAGAUAAAGCGUAAGCGGCGCGAUAGUGCAGCAGCGGCGCAUCAGCAGUCGAGUCUGCUGACGGGAAAUCGUGACACGCCGAUCCUGCGCACAGUGCUCGGUCAGGGUCACGCGGACAGCUCGCAUGCCGACAAUCACCACUUCUGCUCGAAUAACACCAGCUCGACGAGCGACGAUAAGUGCGGCAUCGCCGAUUACAUCCACACCGAAACGGCGCACAGCCCCUACGCGGACGCUCCCCCGAUGGAGGACGACGAGAAGCAACGAGUAUCGCCGCAGUCGUAUGCCGGUGACAGUAAGUCGAGUGUCGUGAAUUAUUCCCAUCAGAAACCAGAGUGGAAGCGAUACAAGCAAUACUCUCGGGAGGAUAUCUUACGGGCUAUCGAUGCGGUCAAGUCGGGCAUAAGUCCUGUCCAAGCCGCGCGCACUCACGGCGUGCCGUCGCGCACACUAUACGACAAGGUGAAAAAGCUCGGCAUUAGCACACCGAGACCCUUUAAGCGUGCGCCUAACGGUAGCGGCACUUGCUUUUCCUACGGCAUUGGCAGCAAUGUAAAAGGUGUUUACAGCGGCAGCUUAACCGAGACCGACAACGAGAGCCGUGAUACCAAUAGCGUGAGCACACUGGAAAAUACGCCGUCAUUCGAGACUGUCAAGGCCAAGGACGCGUCGUCACAAGACCGCGGUGACUCUGCGACACCGAUGGAUGCCAUAUCGCAAUGUAGUACAAACCAGGUAAUACGCUGUAUCAAGCAGGAGCUGAAGGUGGACGACGAGGUGGAGGAUCUGUCGGUAAGUCGUAAGUCCGACGUUCCAGUGAUAAUGCCACCCACUACGUCGGGCGUAGUCCAUGAGGAAUCGCAGGAUCGGACUGUGCCGAACGACCGUCAAGACUACAACUGAUCUACCUCUUGUAUUCUCACGUGCAUUGCCUGCUCACACUUCUGUAUCAUGGUAACUCUCAGAGACUUUUCUUCGUUAGUGCUGAUACUAAUUACAUACGUAAAUGACGAAGAUGAGUUAAUACUGAUUUUAAUCUUUAACUUUGUUUUUAACGGAAGCCAUAGCACUAAGGUACAAUGUGAGGUUUUUAUUGUAUAUUGGACAUACCAAUGCACCCGCUACGAUCGAGACAUCGUUAUGCAGGAUAACAAAAAACUACGGAUCGAUGUCGAUGUUGACAACUCCGUUAUACAUGGGAUCGUAGCGAACAAUUAUGUCGGCAAUUAUUAUGGUUUGGCAUUGGUAUGGCAUGUUUGUGCCGGAGAAGUUCACUCUAAAAAACAGUGGGCGAAGUUGCUUUUUUCUUUUUUUCUUAAGAGAGGAGAUAAACGGAGGAAAAAGGAAAAAAGGAAAGAUGGUAUCUAGGAGAUCUAAGAGAAGAACAAUAUGUAGUACCUAGAUGAUCGAGUCGUACUUCCGUCCAGGCGGCGAAGAAAUAUCUAAAAAGAUAUAUAAAAAGAUAUCUAAAAAGAUAUUUCUAAUGAAUCAUGUAUUUAGAUACAUACUCAUGUAUUUAGAUACAUAUUCAUGUAUUCAGAUACAUACACUGGAAAAAAGUGGUUAAAUUAAAGCAAAAUUCGCUCAAGCAAACGUUCAUGAUUGGACGAAUUGUAUAGUUGCUGUGAGGAGAGUUAUCAACUGAUUCUUUAAUGAUAAUUUGGUCAAUAACUAUAUCGUAUAGCAAUUGAUUGCUACACUAACGUGUCAUUUGUUCAUAGCUACAAUAUUUCUUUGAAGGCAGAUGACCGAUGAUUUUGUCGACAUAAGUGUUUUUUUUCAGUGUAAUGUACAUAAUACAUUUGAAGGAUACAAUCUAUCCUGGAGCCGCCUCUGUUCCGCUUUAGGGAGAUCGAUCGUCUAAACUACUCGUGAUACCGAUCGGAAAAGCAAGUUGAAAAACGCAUCGUUUUUCCGACAGCAAUAUCUUAUUGCACGCUUGAACAAUUGUGGAUCUCGUCCGAGAUUGUUCACUAUUAUUUAAAUUCUUGAAUACAUUUUGAAGAAUUCUGAAGAAUAUUAGAAUGUUCAAAAUGAUUCUAAAAUCUACGGCGUUCGAAUCGUUUGAGAACUUGCGACCGAAAAAGAAUUUCCGUCAUCGCCUCCGACUUUCUGCCUCGUACAAGACUGAACAUACGUCGUAGAUUCAAGAGACUGAAUAUAUAGCACUUACGUUCCAAAUUCGUCCAAAUCCAUCAAGGAUGAUUAUUAUGCAAGAUAUCCCAUUACAAAUUUUCACGUUAUUGUCUUCGAGAUUUUCUUAAUAUAUAAAGCGAUAAUGAUAAUGAUUUUCUUAAUAUAUAUAAGCAAUAACGAUUGAUAAUGAUUAGAAGAAAAGCAAAUAGUUUCGAAACGGAAUAUAAGGCGAAGUAUCGUGAGAGAUGAAGUGUCGUACAUCUUGAAAAAUAUUUUGCUUAAAAGAAUGUUAAGACGAUCUUGAGACAUUUAUUUCAGUAAUCGCGGGUUCACGAGACAAUUACGUGGAAAAAUUAAGACGGGUCAUUCUCU